AAUUUAGCAUGUAAACGACCUGCAGUACACACUGUUCCAAAAAGAUUUUUUUGUAAACAAAUAGUGCUGCGAAGAGAUAGAACUUCUAGUAUAAAUAAAAAUUAGUUUGCGUAGGGAAAUGUCUCAUAUUUCGACUACUGCGAAGGCGGACAACGAUUCCGACAGUAAUCGGGUGGAUACUACUACCGGUGAAUCUAGCGUACAAUCCGCUUCGCGACUGAACCAUCGUUACUUUAGACGUCAUUUGAAUGCGGCCUUUCAAAACUAUGGAUCGCAGCGUCCGGAGGAAAUUUUCAACGCACAUUACAUCGAAAAACACAACAGGAGUGAUGUGGAACAAUUCGUGAACGAUCUUUCCACUAAAUCGGAAGAGUAUGUGUACGAAAUGAUGCGUGAUAAGGAGGAGUUUGUUCAGGUUACCAACUGGAGUGAGCUGAUGCAUUCGGCGGGACUGAAGGAAACGUGUAAUCACGAACUGGCACUAGCGAUGAAGAUGAUUGCCUUUUCGGAACGCUUUCCGGAUCCUAAGAAUGCUAAGGAUGUGAAUUUUAAACAAUUGUAUAUGAAUUUAUCGAACAUGAUGCUAGGGUAUCCGAUAGAUGAAAUGAAUGCGGCAACGGCAAAAGUUUUGAAGGAUACGUACGAGGAAACCCUUGCACAACUAAAACAGUCGGAUAACAGUAGCAACAUCAAUCUUUUACGUGAACGCUUGUCGAAUAUUGCUCCACCCCGGAAGUCAUCUUCGGAUUGUUUGGCCAAUGAAACAUUACCCGCUUACUUUGCAGAUACUAACCUUAAUCCAUUGCAGAUACCCUUUGAGAAUCUUUUCUACGUUUCUAAAUAAAUUUGGGGUUUCACAAAGGAGAAACAAGACUGAAUAAAACGUUUUUUUUUUCAAU